AUGGGAGGCAAGUGUCCAAGCAGGAAGGUGAAGAAGAGAAGAUACUCUCACAAGACGGCUCACGAUGCGGUAUACGAUGAGCUGCAAAAAUCCGAUGGGGAGGUGAAGGCAACGUUGCCACUUGACGAGGAUUUACCUGGCAUGGGCCAAUAUUACUGUCUGCACUGCGACCGCUACUUUGCUAAUGUGACUGUGCGGGACGAUCACUUCAAGACCAAACGUCACCGGAAGCGUGUGAAGCAAAUGAUGGGACCUGCACCGCAUACUCAACUGGAUGCUGAGUUAGCUGCCGGGAUGGGUGCCCCAGAUAAUGGUCUUAAGCUCAUGUCUACUUGA